GGCCCCGCUCGGCCCGGCCCGGGAAGGAAGGAAGGAAGGAAGGAAGGAAGCAACGGUGCAAGGAAGCAAAGCCUCGACCCGCACCCCCCUCCUCCGCAGGCCUGCACAUGGACGCCGCCCCCGAGGACCAGUCGGACCCCGCCUUCUCCCCGCCGACCACCCCCUGCCUGCUGGUGGAGGACUCCCAGCCCCAUGAGCCCGGCCCCGACCCGCCUCACCUGCACCACCCCGCCGGAGGCCCACCCACGGUGAUGUCGGGCAGCGAGCAAACAGCUCCGGAAGGAGGACUGGAAAGCGGCAGUGGGCUCGCCGAGCAGGUGGAUGAAAGAAGGAGUUUAGAGCCCAUGGACACAUCCGGCCCCUCGGACCUGGACGGUUCACUAAGCCAGGUCAUCGAACGACUACCGCCGCAGCCUGUCAGGAGAGUCAGCCUGCUUGAGGCAACCAUGGGAGCGCAGGAGGAGGAGAAGGCAGGGGCAGAAGACUCCGAAGACAGCACUCCUUGCUCCCUUGUGGCCGAAGAUGCCGGCACGUCUCAGCUGGGCUUCGGAACGCUGGAGCUCUCCCAGAGCCAGGACCUCGAGGGACCCAUUCCCCCAACCGAGCCGGACAGUGGAUCACCGCCGCAGCUGGGAACUGCGGACCCCGUGCCGACUUCCCCCGACUCCCCCACUGAACCACGCUCUGCCCAUCCUGCCACCCCUCCUGCAGUGCAGUCCAGUGAAGAGGUGCCUAUGGAAAGCGGGCAAAGGGAGCCGGAGGAGAGGUCAGCGGCUGUGCCCUCCCCCUGCCGUGCCUCACCAGCCGUGGUCCCCCAAGCUGCUGCCGAGUCCGCUCGGAGGCUGGCAGCCACCCUGGAGCUGUCGGGAAGUGGGGCGCGGGAACAGGAGGCUCUGACAACGGGGCAUCCAGAGCUCGAGGUUGUGUCCAGCCAAGAGGACAUGUUUGACCAGAGCCUGCCCCCAGCUCCCGGAGCCCGCUGCUCCCCUUCCCGGGUGCACUGCGGCCACGGCGACCGCAGCGAUGGCGAUCUUGGUGGCGGCAACCGUGCCUGUUCCCUGGCAUCCACUCCUGCCAGCACGCUGCAACUCCUGCACCUCUCCGGACAGGAAUCCUUUGUGCAAGAAAGUCUGUCCACGGCUUCCUCCGACCUCGUCGCUCCUUCCCCAGACGCUUUUCGGUCAGCCCCAUUUCUCGUCCCCAACACGCCCACUGGGGCCCCUGGGCCAGAAGAGGAGGCAAUGGAUGUGGCGGACACCCCCGUGGGAGGAGGAGAGGAUGCUCAGCAGAAACCUCAAGAUGACGAGCCAAUGGAAACGGACGCUCCCCUGCCCCCACGCGAACCCUCUGUGUUCCCACAGGCUUCGACUCCCGUGUCGCAGAGCACCCCAGCCUUCACCCCGAGCUCCUUCCCCAUCCCAUCGCAGCCGGAGUUUUCUCACGACAUCUUCCUUCCCUCGCCUAGCUUGGAGGAGGGGCCGAGCGGAGAGGAGGACCCGGUUCCCCAGCCAACCAAGUCGCCAGCUGACGUGGACCUGUCCCUGACGGCGGAGUCCUGCAAGUUGGUGCUCUCUGCCAGCGAGGGCCUCGAGUCUUCCCAGGCCGAGGGUCGGGGCACCGGUCAGCUUGACACUGACCCAGAGAGCUCCCAGAUCCAGGAGACAGGCCCCUCGGAAGCCCAGCUCCGCCCCACGGAGGAUUCACGUGGGCAACGGAGCCCGCCACAGGACAGCCAGGCAGCUCCGGGGGCCGACCACCGGCCCUCCUCAGCAGCGGGGGCGGCCAGCACCGUGAUCCCCAGAAGCCAAGACGGGGAGGAGGCAGCAGCCAGGGCGGCUGACACGGACCUCACAGAUGGCGAGCCUGGAGCUGGAGCGUCUCCUCCUCCCCACACAAAUCCCCCUACAUCUCCCCCAACUCAGGCCCAAGCUGCUUUGAGUGGCUUAGGGCAGGAAGAGAUUCUGGAUGUGGAGGGCUGUCCAUCUGAGGAAGUGUCUUCGGCGUCUGAGGUUGAACAAGUCCCCGAGACACCUUGUGAGAGCCAGGAGCGGAGCCAGGGCCUGGAACAGAACCAGGGGUUGGGGUUGGGGCAGGGCCAGGAGCAAAGCCAGGGAGGGGGGCAGGGCCAGGGGAAGGUCCAAGGGCAGGAGCUGAGUCAGUUGCAGGGUCAGGGGCUGAGCCAAGAGCAGGGCCAGGAACUGAGCCAGGAGCAGGGCCAGGGGCUCAGCCAGGAGCAGGGCCAGGGGCUCAGCCAGGAGCAGGGCCAGCGGCUCAGCCAGGAGCAGGGCCAGAGACUGAGCCAGGAGCAGGGCCAGGGGCUGAGCCAGGAGCAGGGCCAGGGCCUGAGCCGGGAGGAGGGCCAGCGGCUGAGGCAAGAACAGGGCCAGGGGCUGAGCCAGGAGCAGGGCCAACGGCUGAGCCAAGAACAGGGCCAAAGGCUGAGCCAAGAACAGGACCAGGGGCUGAGCCAGGAGCAGGGCCAGAGGCUGAGCCAGGAGCAGGGCCAGGAGCGGGCUCAGAGGCUGAGCCAGGAGCAGGGCCAGAGGCUGAGCCAGGAGGAGGGUCAGAGGCAGGAGCAGGGCCAGAGGCUGAGCCAGGAGGAGGGCCAGAGACUGAGCCAGGAGCAGGGCCAGAGGCCUAGCCAAGAGGAGAGCCAGCAGCUGAGCAAAGAGCAGGGCCAGGAGCUGAGCCAGGAGCAGGGCCAGAGACUGAGCCAAGAGGAGGGCCAGAGACUGAGCCAGGAAAGGGGCCAGGGGCCGAGCCAGGAGCGGGGCCAGGGGUUGGACCAGGAGCAGAGCCGGCAGGGACAGGGUCCAGAGCAAUGCCAGGGGCAGGAGCAGAGUCAGAGAGAGCAAGACAGCCAGAGCAGCAUCUCUCUGCAUCUCUGUCUUUCUCAAUCUCAGUGGCCAGGGCUGGGUGUCUGCAGGGAGAGCCUGAGUCAGGUGGACCCAGACGCGAUGGAGGUCGAAGUCAGCGAGUGCAGCAGGAAUUCUGUGGCAGCGCUGCCUGAGGCACACCGGGAACUGGAUCUGGAGGCUCAAGCGGCUCGUGGAGGACCUAAUUUGGAAGACUCCGGGAUGCUAACCGCCGAAGGACGGGCAGGACGAGGUCGGUGUGGCCCGGCCGACUGCCCCCCCGUUCUCAGCCUGGUGACACGGGACAGAGCACCCAACGCACCCCUCCAAAGCAUAGCUACUCCAGGGACUGAAGCCCAGCCACAGAGUCGAGGGGAGAAGAGCCGAGAACCCGGAAGGGAGGGGCAGAAACCCGUGACCAUGCAGGAGAAUUCCCAGCAGCCCCUGGGGCUCUCUGGGCCGACCGCUCACGUGAUGAGGACCGGACCGGGAAAGCAGCCCCCUCAGCCACCGGAGGAAGUCAACAAUUCCUUAAUUAAAUGCUCCAAGAUGGAUGACACCAAGCGGAUGGGAAGCCAUGUUGAGACCCAGCAGGCGGAGGGGGUUGCGGACCCCCUGCCCCCAAGUCCCUGCGAAAGCUCCAGUGCCCCGUUCCGGUUCACCCUGCCGAAGGAGGGUAACCUCAUCCAGCCCCUGAGCAGCACGCCCCCUCUGCUGAUGGAGCACCUGAAGCGGGGGCCCCGGAGGCACAGCACGCCCAUCGCACCUGCAGUGGAGGGCGGCUGUCCGGAGAACACCAUGGCCACCAGCGAAGUCAUGGCCGAAAGCUCGGUGAGCGCCAGCGACAGCACCAUUGACAGUGAGAAGGGGGAGAGGGCAGGGGCUGCUGGCACGGAAGGGGAGCUUUGCCUGAUGAUGAAACUGGUCAGCCCGGACACCGAAGCCAGUGAGGAGUCUCUACAGUUCAGUUUGGAAAAGCCAAUAACCGGAGAAUGGGAAAAUGGAUCCGCUGCUGUUGCCGGGGCCGUUGCCAGCGUCCAGCAGCCCAUCUCCGUGUUCAGUCGGGUGUGUGAAGUGCGGCAGGAGGAUGAGGCCAGAGGCCGCGACUCGCCCGCUGCCCAUCUCAGGGGCCCCCUGUUCCGAUUCCCGAGCCUGCAAGCGGAGGAGGAGGAGGAGGAAGAGCUGGUGGGCGACCACAGGACUCGGCUGGGCCACCAGCCCGGCAAGCCUGGCCGUCUCGUCCAGGACUCGACUUCCCCGCCGCCUUUGCAGCGGCAGUCCCCCACCCCACGGCCGGCCAGCCAGGAGGGCCCGGCCUCGGACAGGGAUGGGCCAGAAGGCCAAGGGGAGAGGAAAGGGGAGAGGAAAACCAGUCCGGACCGGCCUUCCCGGAACACACGGAGCCCAGACCCCCGGCCCAGCACUCGGCACAAAGGCAUCCAGACCGUGGCCCCGGCCUCCGUGGCCCCGGCCGCCGUGUCGGCAGCCACACAGACCCCGGGUGGCCGGGGCAGCCAGGUGGAGGUGGGGACGAACACGGCAGGCCAGAGUCUCGGGAAGCAGGAUGCCAAGAUCCAGACGGAGAGAAACCGUGGCCAGGGAGACACCACGGAUUCACUGCCCGGUCAGGAAGAAGAGGAGGCAUUUGAGCUGCCCCAGCCGCCGCCCGGCCAGGUCCUGCAUCGCCACGUCCGGACCAUCCGGGAGGUCCGCACGCUGGUCACGCGUGUGAUCACAGAUGUGUACUACGUGGAUGGCGCGGAGGUGGAGCGGAAGGUCACGGAGGAGACGGAAGAGCCAGUGGUGGAAUGCCAGGAGUGUGACACCGAGGUCUGUCCGUCGCCAGCCGGCGGCUCAUCUGGUGACCUGGCAGACAUCAGCUCCUUGUCCUCCAAGGCCUCCAGCCUGCAGCGCACGUCCAGCGCGCACAGCAGCAGCGGCGGCAGUUCCGGGCGGGGAGCUGGACUCCCCCUCCCCCGCGGGAAAGGCAGCAGCGUCCAGCACGGCGAGUUUACCUGCCCUGGAGCCCCAGCGGGGCCGGGCACACCCAGCCCCCGGAAAGGCGGGGUGCUCAUGGGGGCGCCGGCACCCGAAGAGGGUGGAGAAGCAGCACCCAGCAACCGGCAGGGGGGCAAGGGAGCAACCACUCCCCGGGGGCGGGGACGCCGGGGCCGUCCCCCUUCCCGAACGGCCGGAACCCGAGACGCAGCAGGGCCGGGCGUCGAGGACGGGUCGGCCAGCGUCUCUCCCGACGACCAGCCUUACACCCGCAUCGCGUCUCGGCCAGCGGAGGGGGGUCGGCGGGCCGAGGCGGGGGUCGCUUCCUACCGCCGCAGUGAGUCCCCGGAGAUCCCGCUGCAAGACCCGCCCGGGGACCCCGAUCCCGCCGGCGGUGGCGGUGGCAGCUUUGUGGGGCUCCGCGUGGUGGCCAAAUGGUCUUCCAAUGGCUACUUCUACUCUGGGCGGAUCACCCGGGCCGCUGGUGGCGGCCGCUACAAGCUGCUCUUCGACGACGGCUACGAGUGUGACGUCCUGGGCCGGGACAUCCUGCUCUGCGACCCCAUCCCGCUAGACACGGAGGUCACUGCGCUCUCCGAGGAUGAAUACUUCAGCGCAGGGGUGGUCAAGGGACACCGGAAGGAGAGCGGGGAGCUGUACUACAGCAUCGAGAAGGAGGGCCAGAGGAAAUGGUACAAGCGCAUGGCUGUCAUCCUGUCCCUGGAGCAGGGCAACAAGCUGCGGGAGCAGUACGGGCUGGGUCCCUUCGAGCCCACCACGCCCCUCACCAAGGCCGCUGACAUCAGCCUAGAUAACUUGGUGGAGGGGAAGCGGAAACGGCGUAGCAACCUGGGCAGCCCAACAACACCCAGUGGGGGCAGCGGCGCCACCCCCCCUCGCCGCGCCCCCGACAGCCCCCGGCUCCCCUCUGGCCUCCUGUCUGGGAAGAGGAAGCUGGUCCCCCUGGAAGAGGAGCGGUCACCAGCCAAGCGAGGGCGCAGGGUCGCAGCCGGGAAACCUGGGACUGCGGGGACUGGGGAAGGUGAGCACCCCCCCUGUGAGGCUGGGGACCCCCUGGCCCCAGAGGACCAGCGGGGACCACUGCCCCAUAACAAGACACUGUUCCUGGGCUACGCAUUCCUCCUCACCAUGGCGAGCGCCAGCGACCAGGUGACCAGCCACCAGAAAGUGCCCAACGGCCCCGCGGGAAGCAGUGAGGAAGAGGACGAAUUUGCAGAGAUGCCACCGUACAACAAGCGGCACACUGAGGCCCAGCUGCGAGCGGGGUCAGGCUACAUCUUAGAAGACUUCAACGAAGCCCAGUGCAACAUGGCCUUCCAGUGCCUCCUGAUCGCCGACCAGCACUGCCGGACGCGGAAAUACUUCCUGUGCCUUGCCAGCGGGAUCCCCUGUGUAUCCCACGUCUGGGUCCAUGACAGUUGCCAUGCCAACCAGCUCCAGAAUUACCGCAACUACCUGCUGCCCGCCGGCUACAGCCUCCAGGAGCAGAGGGUCGUGGAGUGGCAGCCCCGGGAGAGCCCCUUCCACGGGCUGAAGGUGCUGCUGGUGUCGGACGAGCAGGAGGGCUUCUUGGAGCUCUGGGCCGAGACCCUCAUGAGCGGAGGGGCCGCCUUGGUGAAGCAGCACCGCUCCAGCUCCCAAAACAAAGAUGUGGCCUUGGGGGUGUUUGACGUCGUGGUGACGGACCCAUCCUGCCCGGCCGCACUGCUCAAGUGUGCGGAGGCGCUUCACCUGCCCGUCGUGGCCCAGGAGUGGCUCAUCCAGUGCCUUGUCGCCGGGCACCGAGUCGGCUACCAGCAGCACCCCAGAUACAGGCCCGACUGCGGCCCUCGCUGACACCCCCCCGCCCUCUCCCCACCUUAUGGCUGGGUGGAUCCCGACCAUUUUAUCUCUGUGUCUGUCUGUGUUAGCUGCGCUGCGUGCAUGAAUCACUGUACAUAGUUUUAUCUGCUGGACUUUUAUGACAAAAUAAAUGUUGGAUCUCUA